CCGGGCCCGACGAGGUGGACUUAGGCGAAGGAUUUCGUCACCGGGCUCCCCGGAAAAUGGAGAUGACGACAUACCCGAGAUCUAUCAGGAAAUGCUGAAUGAGUCCCAGGCCUUACCCCAAGCCUUACCUCAUAGGAACAACCCGCCUCAUAAACGACGGAGGAUAGGGGAACAUGGGGAGAUCAAAGCUGUUGAAGGCACAAACAAGUCCGAAGAAGAGAAAGAAAAGUCUGCGGCUAUGCCCCCGCAAACGGUCUUCGAUCUUGAUGCCUCUGAGGAAGAAUCAGAACCUGAGUGGGAGGAUGUUAACCUGCCUGGUCCUUCCACCACAUCUGUUUUACCUUCGAUGCUUCCAGCGGGACAUCAUAUAGAGCAUGAGCCUUUGCAGAUCACCCUUGGAAAGGAAGAAGCUGACCAAGGAAAGAAGGGGGGCGUUAUCCGACGGAAACCUGUAACUGGAGCUGAAAAGAAGCUGCGCUUGGAAAUACAUAAAGUUCAUGUCCUUUGUCUUCUUGGCCAUAUUCGACUUCGGAACACUUGGUGUAAUGAUGAGGAAACCCAGGUUUGUACCAUCCCUUAUAUGUGGAGUUACGCUUGCUAAUAUUAUUCUUGCGAUAGAAAAAACUGCGCCGGAUACUUUCAAAACGUAUCAUCAUGUGCCUGAACCCUAAAGAGGAUCUUCCACAGUUCACCCGGUCUACUACGUUUGCGGAUGGCCUUUUACAGUCUUCAGAAGCCUUUCGGCGAAGAUUCAGAGUUACAGGACCCGGGAUGAGGAGGCCAUACUGGCUGGAGGAUUGCUCCGCGGCUCAGGAUCCAACUGUCUGAUUUGCCUCUUUCCUUUGAAAAAAAAAUAAAUAAAUUACUUUUGAUGGAUUUAAUCCGGCAUAACUAACACUCUAACACUCAAAACAGGCCUUGCAAGGGAGUACCGAAAUAUUGCAGUCAAAAAAUGACUUUCGAAAACAUGCUGAGAUAAUGCAGGGUUCGAGAGACUUUGGUGCCCAGCUAUUCUGUGCUAUGCUGCGGGGAGUGGGUGUUGAUACACGCUUGGUUUGUUCCCUUCAAACUCUGCCAUUCACUGGCGUGGCCAAAGGAGAGUCUCCCAAAAAGCGAACAAAAGGAUACGUAGUCAUAUCUGAAGAUGAUGAUUCAAGUUCUAGCGUAACUGCAGCAGCAAAAGUUGCUCCUAAAGAUACGACUACUCAUCGAAGGAUCGGGCAACCGCAAUUUUCAUCAAGACAUACAAGAAGCCCUGCACCACAGGCAAGAGGUGAGGAAUCGGGCCCAUCUUUCCCUUCACUUCGAAAUAUCUUAAUAGCUAAUUUCUCCCGUAGACGAUGCGCCACACUCUGACUCGCCCUUUCCAGUUUUCUGGGUUGAAGUAUUUAAUCAUGCAAUGCAGAAAUGGGUAUGUGUUGAUCCUCUGGUUACAAAUACCGUGGGGAAACCGGCGCUAUUUGAGCCACCAGCAAGUGAUAAAUACAAUAACAUGAAUUACGUAAUUGCGUUCAAUGAAGAUGGCUUCGCACGAGAUGUCACCCGGCGAUACGUGAAGUCGUUCAACUCAAAAACAAGAAAAGCCCGAGUUGAAUCUACCAAAGAAGGAGAAAAAUGGUGGAACCAUACCAUGCACGCGCUUGAGUCACCGUUCCCAGAGGACCGGGACCAACUAGAGCUUGGAGAAUUAACAGCCAAGGCGGCAAGUGAAGGUAUGCCUACGAGUGUGCAGGACUUUAAAAAUCACCCUGUGUAUGCCCUAGAACAGCAUCUGCGGUGGAAUGAAGUUAUAUAUCCAAAGCGGGAGAUUGGAAAAGUUGGGCUGAGUAAGCUAUCACUGAACAAGAAAGCUCCGCCGUUGGAAUCUGUAUACCGCCGGACAGAUGUACAUUCCGUCAAGAGUGCGGAUGGCUGGUACCGACAAGGGCGCAAAGUCAAGGCUGGAGAACAGCCGCUGAAGAGAGUCAAAGCGCGAGGCCAAGUGCGCCAGCAUAUAUUCAAUCCUGAUGAAGAAGCCCCUGAGACACCCAUGUAUGCCGCCUAUCAGACAGAGCUCUAUAUUCCAGAGCCAGUCGUUGACGGGAAGGUACCAAGAAAUGAGUAUGGGAAUAUUGAUGUAUAUAUACCUUCUAUGAUCCCGCGGGGGGGCUUCCACCUCAGACAUCCGGAUGCGGCUGAAGCAGCUAAGUUAUUACGCAUUGAUUAUGCUGAUGCAGUUGUUGGCUUCAAGUUCAACAAGCGACACGGUACAGCUGUCAUAGACGGAAUUGUUGUUGCCACUGAGUACCGAGAAGCUCUUGAAGCAAUCAUUUUAGGCAUUAACGAUGAAAGGCAACAGGCUGAAGAAACCCGCCGGACUAUGGCUGCUCUUCAUAUGUGGAAACUGUUUUUGAUCAAGCUCCGAGUCCUUGAGCGGGUGAACAGUUACAGAGUUGAAGAGUAUGGUAGUCGAGGAGACACGGUGCAAAGCGCACAAGAAGUGGAGGAACAAGGAGGCGGAUUCCUACCCGAAAAUGACCCUGUUGGCUCCAUGAUACCUCCUGCAGACGACUCUAUAGGAGGCCCGUACAAUCUGCAUGAAUCGGUAGAAACCAGUGAGAAUUUACAGGAAAGCAUUGGCGGUAGCUUUUUGGCGGAACCAGAAACACCACAGCAAGCCUCUACAGGAGACAUGGCUCAUGGGCCCUUGCUGGAAAGAGAACCUGUGGUGUCCGCCUCUCAUCCUCGAUAUACUCUAUCUGUCGUGCCUGAACAAGACCAGGCCCGGCUACACCUGUCUGUCACUUCAACUGGGCCUGAAUGGCAAGAUAAUGUGGAACUUGGAAGCUCUCAACCUGCAGAUGGCACCCGCUCAGCUCCUAUGACAGUUGAUUCCCCUGAAAGAGAGGUCUCGGGACUGCCCGAGCUGAUACAUGUCGAUUCUGACAGCGAUAUAGACCGCAGCUCCAUGAUAUCCCAUGACCCCGAGGAUGAUGAUGCGGAGCCAGAGUGGCUGCUCUCUGAUUAAUAUCCCUAACCAACUAUUCAUCUAGAGUGACAUCCCCUGAGUCUGUACAUGCUGUUAGAUUAAAAAAAACACAUCUAUAUAUAUUUCAACUCGCCAUGCGGCUCUUGUGUUAUUCGUAUUACGUAAUCAAGACGCGUCGCGAAAA